UGGAUAUGGAGGACAGGAGGUCGUCUCGAGGGUCAAGUCACCUGUGGCUAGUGUGGCAUCAAGAUCAGUGUCAAGGAUGGGGGGCAAAGUAAACUUGUUACUCGUGUUCUCCCUCGUCCUCACGUUACUGCGACAACGGACAUUGGCCUCCGAGGAUGCAGGACACGGUCUUGGAGAGCAGUAUGAGUGGCACACACUGGAGGAGGGCCUCGAGAUAUCACGAGAGACUGGGAAGCCUCUCAUGUUCAUCAUCCACAAGAGUUGGUGUGGUGCUUGCAGAGCCUUCAAACCCAAGUUUGCUGCAUCUGCUGCAGCACUGGAGUUGAGUCAGCACUUUGUGAUGGUUAAUGCUGUUGAUGAUGAGGAGCCAAAGGAUACAAAAUAUGAACCUGAUGGAGGAUACAUUCCCCGCAUCCUCUUCCUAGAUUCUAAGGGAGAUGUGCGGCAAGAGAUCUACAACAAGAAGGGAAAACCUCAGUAUAAGUUUUUCUACUUUGAUGAUGUGAGUGUUGUGGAAUCUAUGAGGCAGGCAAAGGAUCUACUAGCACCAGAGAAUACUAGAGAUGAACUUUGACAUGUGGCUGGUAGGUUUAUUUUAUUAUAAGAUUUGUCAGUACAUUUUGUUAUUUGUGGAAAGCUAAGGGAUCAGUUAAUACAUUUUGUAAUGCUAAAUAAAAAAAAUAAAAAUAAAAACUAUA